AUGUCCGACCCCGGGAAGGUCCCAUACGACCAUGAGGCCUCGCCGGCCUCGCUCGAGGACCACCACGGCCAUGUCAACGAGGACAAGCUUCGCCGAGCCCUCUCGGCCCGCCAGGUGCAGAUGAUCGCCAUUGGCGGCACUAUCGGCACGGGCCUAUUCCUGGGCACCGGCAAAGCACUGGCGACCGGCGGGCCUGCUUCGCUGCUCAUCUGCUACGCCAUCAUCGGGGCCAUUGUGUUCACCACCAUGCUCUGCCUCGGCGAGAUGGCCGCCUACGUGCCCGUGGCCGGCUCGUUCUGCACGUUUGCGGGCCGCUAUGUGGACGAUGCAUUUGGGUUCGCACUCACGUGGAACUACUGGUUCAACGACGCCGUUUCGACGGCCGCGGACCUGGUCGCCCUGCAGCUGCUUCUGCAGUACUGGACCGACUCAUUCCCCUGGUACGCGCUGGGCCUGAUCGUGUGGGUGAUUCUUGUGCUGGCCAAUAUCAUCAACGUGAGGGCGUACGGAGAGCUCGAGUACUGGCUCAGCCUGCUCAAGGUCGUGACCAUUGUCAUAUUUAUCAUCCUCAGCAUAGCCGUUAACGUCGGGGGCAACACGGACCACGACUACAUCGGCGGCCGCAACUGGCAUAUCGGCGACGCGCCCUUCGUGGGCGGCAUCGGCGGCUUCGCCUCGGUCUUCGUGACGGCGUCCUUCGCCUACGGCGGCACCGAGUCCAUCGCCAUCACGGCGGGCGAGACGCGCGACCCGGCCCGCGUGCUCCCGCGCGUCGUCAAGAACGUCUUCUGGCGCAUCCUGCUCUUCUACAUCCUCUCGGCCCUCAUGAUCGGCCUCAACAUCCCGUACGACUACCCGGGCCUCAACACAAAGUCCACGCACGCCUCGCCCUUCACCAUCGCCUUCACCAUGGCCGGGUCCAGGGUCGCGGGGUCCUUCGUCAACGCCGUCAUCCUCACCAGCGUCAUCUCCGCGGGAAACCACGCCCUCUUCGCCGGGUCGAGGCUGCUCUUCACCCUCGGCGCCAACGGGCACGCGCCCGCGGUGUUCACGUCGCUCACGCGGUUCCAGGUGCCCUGGGUCGCCGUGCUCAGCACGAGCCUCGUCUCGGGCCUGCUGUUCGGCGCGUCCUUCAUCGGCGCGGGCCAGCUGUGGACGUGGCUGCAGAACAUCGUCGGCGUCUCGAACCAGCUGUCGUGGAUCUCCAUUGGCGUCGCGUCGCUGCGGUUCCGCGCCGGCCUCAAGGCCCAGGGUAAAGAGCAUCUCCUCCCGUUCAGGAACUGGACCUACCCCUGGGGCCCGGUGAUCGCCGUCGUGCUGAAUAGCUUCCUCGUCCUCGUGCAGGGGUGGAGCAGCUUCAAGGGCGGCUUCAGCCCCGUCGACUUUGUCAGCUACUACAUCGAGCUGCCUGUCUUUGCGAUCAUGAUUGUCAUCUGGAAGCUGGCUAAGAAGACUAAGUUCAGGAGGGCGCAUGAAAUGGACCUGGUCACGGAUGUAUAUACAAAAGAGGACAUGGAGGUUGAAGAAGACGGUUGGAAAGGGAGAGGGAAGAGGGUCGGGACAUGGCUAUGUUUCUAA